UCAAGUCUUUCUCUUUCUCUCAUCACUCUCUCUCUCUCUUUCUCUCUCUCUCUCUCUCUCUCUCUCUCUUAAUUCCUCGCAGUCAUUUUGUCUAUCUUACACACACGCUCCUCUCUCUCCGUUCCUGUUUCGGUUACCAUGGAGAGCUGUAUUCAUCUGAGCAGGAGGUGGCUGACACACUAACACACAGGAAACCAAAACGAUUAUAUUCACACUCAUGCUAGCAUGCAAACACACUUACACACACACACAAACACACAUCAUGCUUUACUGCAUGUAAUGAAUACGAGUGUAGAGUGAUAUGGUCGAAAAAUGACAGAUUGUGGUGUUAGAGGAAAAUAAUCAACAUCAGAGGGGUGUGAUGUGGCACAGCUACAUGUUAAUACUGCUGUUAGCAAAAAAUAUUCAGCUAAACUUAUUUCACUGUCUUGAUGCUCGUCAGAAAUGUGUUAAGCGAAAAGUAGGAGCAUUGUGUAAUUACACUGGUUUGCGAAAUGUCUUCUUCGACUGAAUAUGGAGUUCUCGGCAGAUAGGAAUAAAACAUUUAACGUUACCACCAGAUUGAAGGAAAAUUCAGACAGACCUUUUUCGUCUCUCAGAUAUGCAGCACACAGCAGUAGACUGUACAGGAUAUAAACAAAUGUUUCAUACAUUUAAUGGCCUUGUGAGCAGUAAAUCUUUUGAGAAAAAUGAAUAAAAAACCCCACAAAGAAAUCCUCACAUGCGACUCAAAUUCAGUCUUAUUUGAGGAUUAGAGUCUGGAUUAUUUUACACAUUCUCAACAACACUCAGCUAUUGGAUCAUAUAAGAUAUACGCUUUAUUCUCUUGAUCUUUUAUUGCUGAUUUCUCAUCAUCGUGGUGAUGCCAAUUUUUGGAAUUUCUCUACCCUUACCUGUUCUGUUAUCCCUAUUUGAUGACAAAAAAUGAUAGAAAACCAAACAUUUAGUGCAGAUUCCCAUUCUAACAGUUUCUCGGUGGAUACUUAUGUAGUGUUAAUGGGAAAGCAGUCAGAAUAAGGGCUAGCUGUAAUGCUAGGCAGUGGGAUAGGAUUAGUGCAGAUUGCUAAUCCUUCCUGUGAGGGUAUCUCUGGUCGGCCGACAGCUGUGGGCCUCUGGACAUCAGAUUUACCUCAGAUUACUCUGGAACAAGGCCAACUGGAUCCAAUAAGGGCACAAUGUUCUAUAUCAUGCUCUCUCUGUCUCUCUCUCUCUCUCUCUCUCUCUCUUCCUCCCACCCCCAUACUGUCCUAGAACAGGCUCCAUCUCUUUAGAGCAGCAUCGAAACACGAGCGAUCCGGCAAAAACAGAUAUUUAUUUGCUAUUUGUUUGUUUUUGUUCUUGAUGAAUUCAACCUUUCUGACCAUGUUAAACACAAGGCAACCAUCAUGUGAUGUGGGUAUGCAACCUGUGCAGAAAGCAGCAGGAGAUCCUUACUAAAUCUGGAGAAUGGUUCUCAUCAGGGCCAAGAGGCAGGCCUCUGAGCGUGGCCGGCCCUGAGGCUGACCGGGACGGGAAGCUGCGUUCCAGGUCACAGGCUGCAACUGGAGCUAACCCUGCUAGCACUAACAACACCCAGCCAGCCACUGACCGGACCAAGGGAGUGGACAUCAUGCCAACCUCACGAGCUCGGAGCGAACCCCCACGAGAGAAGAAGAGGCCAGUGUCCCUACAUGAGCAGAAUGGCAAGGUCAUCGGCAGAGGUGAGAGGAGAAUGGGAUCAGCUAGGCAGCUCAGUCAGGCUUCAGAAGAUGGUCGUGCUCCAGGAGAAAGACGAGAGAGCAGGCGUCUGGAAAAAGGCCAUUCCCAAGAAUAUGACCACCCUGGAGACACUGCCCAUUCUGACCAGAAGCGGAGAAAAGAAGAAGAGGAACGGGACCGGGAGAGGCAGCGGCGGGAAGAGGAAUAUCAAAAUCGCUACUGUAGUGAUCCCAACCUGGCACGCUACCCUGUCAAACCUCAGAAAGAAGAACAAGAGAUGCGCAUGCAUGCCAAAGUGUCCAAAAUGCGACAAGAACGUCACCACAGUGACAUGGCCAUCAAUGAAGUAGGCCUGGCUCAAGAUGGUUGCGAGACCCCAGGCACUCGGCUAAGCAGGAGGGUGCCGGGCAAUGAAAACCGCAAGGCACUAAUGGAAAACCAACGGGCGUACUCUGUGGACAGGACCGUGGGGGGUAGUGCUGGUGGGGGCCCUGUACCCCUCCAAAAACAGGGUCACAGUGGUUCUCACAUGAGCCCCGGGGGCUCCCAAGACCUCAGGGAUGGACAGGAUUGGGGCCACAAAGGCUAUUUGGAGCCUGGAUCAGCAGCAUUGCUACACAAAACCAAGCGUGAGAAAGCUGCUGAAAGCUUCCGAAAAGAUUCUUCUCUCAGUUCGGACCAGUCGGAAUGUCUCCGACCACCUCCUCCCCGCGCUUACAGGCCCAAACGAGGCCUCAACAAGAGGCAGAUGUCCAUUAGCAGUUCAGAAGAGGAAGGAGGGUCCACGCCUGAGUAUACAAGCUGCGAAGAUGUGGAGAUUGAGAGCAUAAGUGAAAAAGGUGACUGGGAUUGCCAUCCUCUAGAUCCCACUGUAUGGCAUCAUCCUGUUACGUGGCAACCAUCAAAAGAGGGAGAUCAUUUGAUCGGACGCAUCACUCUGAGCAAGCGUUCAGCAGUGCCUCGGGAAGCCGGGUCUCUGCUCGGGCUGAAGGUGGUUGGAGGAAAAAUUACAGAGACCGGGAGACUUGGAGCGUUCAUCACCAAAGUAAAGAAAGGAAGUCUAGCAGACGUUGUAGGCCAUUUACGAGCGGGUGAUGAGGUGUUGCAAUGGAACGGGAAGGCGUUGCCUGGAGCAACCAAGAAAGAAGUGUACAACAUCAUUUUAGAGUCGCAGUCUGCGCCUCAAGUAGAAAUAGUGGUUUCAAGGCCAAUCGGGGACACGCCAAGAAUUCCAGAGAAGUCACAUCCUCCUCUUGAAUCUACCGGUUCAAGUUCUAUAGAUGAGUCUCACAAGGUGGACCGUCCCUCCAUCUCCGUCAUGUCCCCCACCAGUCCGGGAAUGUUGAGAGACCUGCCUCAGGACCUACCAGGCCAGCUUUUAGUGAAACUGUGGUACGACAAAGUGGGCCAUCAGCUUAUCGUCAACGUAUUACAAGCCAUAGACCUGCCUUCUCGUCCAGACGGCCGACCGCGCAACCCUUACGUCAAAAUGUACUUCCUUCCUGAUCGGAGUGACAAGAGCAAGAGGAGGACGAAGACGGUGAAGAAGAGCUCGGAGCCAAGGUGGAACCAGACGUUCCUUUACUCGCACGUUCACCGCAGGGACUUCAGAGAGCGCAUGCUGGAGAUCACCGUUUGGGACCAGCCGAGAGCACAGGAGGAGGAGAGCGAGUUCCUCGGAGAGAUCCUGAUCGAGCUCGAAACGGCUCUGCUGGACGAUCAGCCGCACUGGUACAAGCUUCAGACCCAUGACGUGUCCUCCCUCCCUCUACCCCAACCCUCCCCAUACCUCCCUCGCAGACACGUCCACACCGACAGCCCCAGCAAAAAGUUACAGAGAUCUCAUCGCAUCAUUGAGACUGAUUAUGAUGAUGCUAUAACGGUAGUGUCUUCAGCAGCAGAGAGGAACUCCAGAGAGCGGGAGAGGUGCAGCACUCUGACGGUUCCCGAGAGGCAGGCAGCCAUUCAGCAUCGCUCUCGCUCCGUCUCCCCACACAGAGAGGACCAACGUAGAGGACGUUCACGCCAUACACAUGUCCCCAUGCAGAGGAGUCUGGAUGAAAUUCGCCAGAAACGGCAUCACUCCCAGUCACCCACUCAUUACUAUAUUAUUCCACAGCCGGAACACCGACCUGGAGACUCUGACUAUGACUACUCAGAGGACAGUGAGGUCCUGGAGAUGCACAGAUCAAUCCGGGGCGGGAGCGCUGAGUGCCUGCACACAAACAGUGAUCUUCAGCCAUCGUUGGACAGAGUGAGAAGUGCCAGUACGACCUGUUUGAGGCCUGAGAGCAGUUUCCGCUCCCCUGACAGAGAAAGGCUGUCAGGCAGUUUGGACAGACCUGUGUGCACAAAAACUAACAAGAAAUCCAUUGAGAACGACAGGAUCCAGCCCACCUCCAUCCUGCGGGGCAGCAGGUGGAGGAAAGAUGGUCCAAUCCGGCCUUUUGGGCAGUCCAGCAAGGACAGAGCCCAUGGUGGACGUAAUUCCCCUACAGAGACUCCCUUAUCAAUGCGCAGAGGACGACAGCUCCCACAACUCCCUGCGAAGAGCAGCAGUAUAGAGCAAGCUCUGGCAGUAGAAGAACGAGCUCGGCAGUUGAGUCAGAUGAGGGUUCCAUCAUAUCGGCCAGGUUCAUCCGCCAGCUCAGGCCAUGAACAAGACAUGGACCUGAAGAAUAAGAGAGAUCUGUACAAAAGGAGCUGCGAUAACAUGUCGGCGAGGUCGUCGGACAGUGACAUGAGUGACGUGUCGGCCGUGUCGCGAGCCAGCAGUGCCUCUCGUCUCAGCAGCGCCAGCUACAUGUCUGUCCAAUCAGAGAGGCCACACGGACGGUUCAGUCGGCAGGUUCGGGUCUCGGCGGGUCGCAGCAUAUCAAAGAGCACGAGCGUGAGCGGCGACAUUAACACGCCCGAGCGAACGGACGGCAGCCAGUCGGACACGGCGCUCGGCACAGUGGGCAGCAGCAGCAGCAAGAAGCGUCGCUCCAGCCUCAAUGCUCGCUUUGUAGCCAUCGUGGGAAACAGGCGCAGCCGCAGCACCUCACAGAUCAGCCAGACAGAGGCGUCCAAUAAAAAGUCAAAGGGAGGAGGGACGAUACAGCGGAGUCAGGAGACCGGCAUGGCGGUCGAACUGCAACGCAACAUGAGCCGACAGCCGAGCCGAGAGUCCAACAACGGCAGUAUGGCCAGCUACAACUCAGAGGGAAGUCCAAUCUUCCCAGCCGUGCGGGUGGAGACCCAGUUCAGUGACUUCCUGGAUGGACUGGGUCCUGCCCAGCUUGUGGGCCGACAAACUCUGGCCACGCCUGCUAUCGGAGACAUCCAGAUUGGCAUGGUGAACAAGAAGGGAAAGCUGGAGGUGGAGGUGAUCCGAGCUCGUGGUCUCAUCCAAAAACCAGGAUCUAAAUCUCUCCCUGCUCCUUAUGUAAAGGUUUACCUGUUGGAAAACGGAGCGUACGUGGCCAAGAAGAAAACGAAAAUCGCACGGAAAACGCUGGACCCUCUGUACCAGCAGACCCUGCAGUUUGAAGAGAGCCCACAGGGGAAAGUGUUACAGGUCAUCGUAUGGGGAGACUACGGACGGAUGGACCACAAAUCCUUCAUGGGAGUAGCACAAAUCUUAUUGGAGGAGCUGGACCUGGCCAGCAACGUGAUUGGCUGGUACAAACUGUUUCCGCCCUCCUCCUUAGUAGACCCUACGCUGGCGUCACUGACCAGGCGAGCUUCCCAGUCGUCUCUGGACAGUUCUUCAGGACCCGGUGGGGUUCGAUCCUAGUGCACUAAUUUACAAAGCACACUCCACACUCCAGAGAAUCAUCUGACAGGACCACAAUCAGAGGCAGAGCAAAAAAUAAAAAAAUAUGCGAUGAACAAAAGACAAAGCUUUGAAGAAAAAUGACAAUCACUCCUGUCGGUUAUGUUGGGUUCAUAUUGUUUCAUUUCUUAUUCCCCUCUCUGUUGUUGUAAGGCCUCUACAUUCUGCCAGUUUGGUUUGUUCGUCGUUUCAGCCACUUAUCCGUUACCGUGGAGCUGCAGUACAGUUUAAUAGCAACUCGGAGUAACUAAAGCAGGGUGAUUUUCAAUCGAUGUUAAAGAAAUGUACAUUUAACAGAGCAGCAGAAUGUACUGCCCUAGAAACACAAUGACGACCUCCGACCAACAGAUUGUGGUGUCUCCUGUAUAGAGAGACUCCUGUAUAGGCUUGAAGGUCAAAAUUAAAAGGUUAUGACCUCGAAAAGAAGCAGGGCCAUUCCAAAAGGGAUUUUUUUGUUUUUGGUGCCUAAACAUCAAGGACCCCGGGUCCAGUAUCCAUACAGCGUUACAGUUUUCAGGAUGUUUACCACAGCUGACGGAGGCUACGUUCUCCUCAAUGGUUCCUCUUCGUUUAUCAGCUGAAUUUUUUCUUUUCUCUCCAUACCUCUAACACGAGGUUUGUGUUGUCUACAAAUGUACCGUGUGCAUGGUGAUGAUGCUGAGAAUGAGAAGGAAAAACAAAAACAACAACAGAAUGGACUUGACGAAAAAGUGUUUCCCGAAAAACAUUUACGAGCCAUUUUGCGUUCUCAUCGAAAAUUUCUUCUCACACAUACGACUUUUCCAUCCGCUUUCUUUCAUACCUUUAACCCUUCCUGAUGGUCUACGAGUGUGCGCUAAAACGCUUCGGUUGCAAAACGUCUGAAACACCACAUUGACCAAAGACUCACAGUUCUAAAAGUCAAGAGGACCAAAAAAGGCGUACUUGCGAUUCAAAAGGAAGACGUCACCAGAAAAAUACUAAUCAGGCUAAUAGAAAAGGAAACGUAGUGAAGACCAGCACAAUUUGAUUUAUUUCUUAAUGGUUGCCACUAGAUUUAAUUUCUAUUAGCAAACGUAGCUAUUUUUUUGGUGAGUUCCUGUCAAAGAUUUCAUUACUAAAGCGCUGUUUCAUCAUCGUCGUCAGAGAAAGGAUCGUUCUUCCGACAAAAGAUCAUCGCUUUUUCGCUUUUGCACCUUGCAUUAACAUUCCAUCCGUUUUCUUCUUGGAUGAAUUCCUCCAGUGCAAAAUGAAAAUAAUAGCUAGCUACAAAGGCUUGCUAAGGUUUUUCGUCCACUCAAAGUUUUGGGUUCUUGCUCAAGACCUUUAAACAUUGAGCAAAACAAGUGCUUUGCAUCAGACAAGCGAGUAAAUCUAGAAGGUGAGAAAUGAUCUAGCUGCCAGUACGACAGAUUUCGAAGUGACUAAAUGUUUUCCAGUAGCUGCUAGCAUGUUAAUAAUGUUAGUGAAGCCAGUUGACAGAAAUCUGACAGAUUGUGCAGUAACACACCGAUGAAUACCGAUACGAAACACCACAACAGGAAGAUCCUGAUAGUCUGCUAGUGAACAUGACAGGAUUUGGAACAUUUUAAGUGGCUGUAUUAUGGCUCUGUUUUUGAUUAUGUUGUAGUUUUGAAACACUAACUCAUAAAAAUCCAGCCAAGUAUAUAAAAGAUGUUUUUUUUUAGACAUUAAGAAAGUCUCACUGCCUGUUUCUCCAUUGCAGGAUUGUUCACACACUAUAUAUACAUAUAUAUAUAUAUAUAUAUAUAUAUAUAUAUAUAUAUAUAUAUAUAUAUAUAUAUAUAUAUAUAUAUAUAUACACUGAUAUUGCCAAAAGUUUUGGGACGUCUGCCUUUACAUGUACAUGAAUGUAAUAUGGAGUUGUUCCGCCCUUUGCAGCUAUAACAGCUUCAACUCUUCUGGGAAGGCUUUCCACAAGGUUUAGGAGUGUGUUUAUGGGAAUUUUUGACCAUUCCUAUAGAAGCACAUUUGUGAGGUCAGGCACUGAUGCUGGAGGAGAAGGUCUGGCUUGCAGUCUCCACUCUAUUUCAUCCCAAAGGUGAUUGAGUUGAGGACAGUCCUCCACACCAAACUCGCUCAUCCCAAAACUUUUGGCAAUACAGUGUAUGUAAGUCCAAGCAAUUUUCAAACACACAAUAGACAGACACUGCACAACUAUACAAAACUAUACAGAUUCCCAUAUCAGUUUUGUAAAGCGAUAAACGCAUUUUAUUUAUGAAGACAUGACACACUCCUUCUAGACGGCGUUUGAUUGGCUGCAGACCAGGCGAGUACAGGACCAGUCGUUGAUGUUUUUUCAACAAAUUCUAAACAUUAAAAUAAAAUAAAAUCCACAAAACGCAUUUUUUAAAAUGAUUUUUAUAUUAUUGUUUUGUUUAAAUAUACAUAGUGCAUGCAGGUUAAUUUUCAUCCACAAUGCCAAGACACAAAGUCCAGAAAGAUCUGAAGCAAGAAUUUUAACAGUCACUUUAAAGUCUUUUGACAAUUUGCACAAGAUUGAGAUUUCAAUUACGAUAUGAGUGAAAAAGAAAGCGCCUCAGAAAAAAAUAGAGACAAUCUGUUUUCCCCUUGCCGGUUGGUUUUGGUUCAGAAUCAUUUGACGACCCUUGUUGUAUUUGUAUCCGAGGUACUUUCCCUUUUUUUAAUUCGAAAUCCAAUCAUAAUAAGCAGCACAGCACAGAGAUCAUGGCUAGAGCGAGCGUCACACUGAUUUUCAUUAUCUUUAUAUAUCAGGUUAGAUGACCUUAACUUGAUAAUGUUUUCUAAUAAAAAUAACCUUUGACAGCAUCAGCUACAAACACUAGGGAUGCAUCGGGCCGAGUAUAAAUACGUGUGCAAGCCUUAGUUCUCAUCAAUACUGAUACUGUUACUAUCUAUUUAGUAAUCAAGCAAUCAGGGUUUAACAGAACGUUUUAUUUAGCUCUGUGGUUAUCGGUUAUUGCUGCAUGAUGGCAGCAAUGAACUCCACGUGCUUUAGGGUUUUAUUUUUAAAAUGAGAAGUAUCAGCUAUAUAUAAUAUAUACAAAUAUAUAUCAACAUAUAUAUAAAUUAAUGUUGAAAUGUUUAAUGAUGUAUUACUUGUUAUAUCACUUUGUCGCAUAGAAGACAAGACAAAGAGGAUAUAUAUAUAUAUAUAACUUUGUCUUUGUCUUGUCUUCUAUAUAUAUAUAUAUAUAUAUAUAUAAAACAGUGCAAAGGAAAACCUCCCUGAGAUGACAUGAGGAUGAAACCUUGAGAGGAAUCAGGCUCAAUAUAUAUAUAUAUAUAUAUAUAUAAGCAUCAGUGUGAAUUCAUUCUAGUUUUAGUCCUGAUGCAUCCCUAGCAAACCCGAUUAGGACCGGAUCGUGUUAAUGCAAGGUAUCAGGGCCUUUUGUCUGGAAGUGAGAGUUCAUUUUCAUAUACUUUUACAGAAAAAAUAAAACUAUAUUAUAUCAGAUUAAAUCUUAUUUAUAUUAUCUCCAGAAAUCUAGGACCAGAUUUGGUGAAUUUUAUAUAAGAUGGUGCAAUAUAAAAAAACACAUGGGAUUUUUAUUUCCGCUUACAUUUCCAGUUGAAAGUGACCUAAAAACACGUGUUUGUUUGUUUGUUUGUUUGUUUGUUUGUUUUUGCAAUUCAGAAUGCAAGCACAAGAAUUUCUUUGUUAAACUUUCAGGAAAAUAUUUUACGAGGAUUCAAAAAAAAAGUCAAAACAACAAGGGAAAGAAUCCGUUCUGUUCAUCUAUCAUACUUUUAUUUGGAAUCCAUUCGUUGUUUAUUUACAACACAACGCUCUCUCACUCUCUCUCUCUCUCUCUCGCUCUCUCAAGUGACCAAUCAGAUUUUGCCAUUGCUACGACAACAAAACGCCAAUCAUCUGCCAGGCUACUGGCUCCUCCCAUCAGAUGGGGCGGGGCAGCAUGACCUGUUCUGAGCUGCAUGCACAUUUUUAUAAAUAGACAAAACAGAACAAUAAAAAUAAAGAAAGAAAGAAAAAAAAAUGCUACAGAACUAGAUACCUGUGUUAGUUCCACAUACAGUAGGCCAGCUUGUUUGUUGCAUGUACUUGUACAGUUUGCUUGUACUUGAUUAUAAAGAGAUAAACUAAGAAACUAAAGCCAUUCACUCUCAGAUCCGCGGGGGGGAAAGAAAAAAGAGAAACAAUCCUCUCCAGUACUUGUCCUACAUUCCGGUGAUGAAUGUUUUAUUUAUUUAUUUAUUUUCUUCUUGCAUUUCUUUGUCUUUUCUAAUCCCUACAGGGGAAAUAUGUGCUGUACUGUAAUACUGAUCAUAACCAAACCUCCUUCUUUUACAGAUAUCUCAUAACAAUGUAAACGAUUCUUUACCUCCAAGAGACAGAGAUUAUACAACUAAUUAUACAUCAGUGAGAGUGACACGUAGCCACUGAACCGAACAGUUACAGGUGAAACGUUAUACAGUAAUACAUGCACAACCAUGCUGAAUGUGCACAGAUUGUAAAUAUGAACUAACCAUUAAGUCGGUUAAGCCAUAUUUGCAAAAAAAAAGAAGAAAAAAACAAAAACAAAAGAAAAAAAAAUAAAUAAAGGGGCCAAGGAUUUUCUUGCAAAAAGACGUCUCAGUUCCCGAGGGACCGCUGACUCGCUGGAACCGAGUCGAGACGUCGGGGAUCCUCCGACCGGUAACAUCUCACGCUCAGCGGGCCCGCGUGCUCUGCCACAACACGACCAUCUCUGUGCUUUCGAUACCGAGCCUCUCACGCCAACAUGCGCUCACUGGAGGGAAAUAAAAAAUUAGCCUUUUUAUUUUAUUUUUAUUUUUAUUUUUUUUUAACGUUAACGUGAGCCCGGUUUUUGUUUGACUUUAUCAGUAUUACUGGGUAGAAAAAUGAAAAGAAAACAUGUAAGAAAAAAAACAAAAAAAAAAAAUGCUGAUUGUUUACAACUCACAUUAUCUGUUCCACGGAAAAAAAAUUAAAAUAAAUAAUAAUAGGAUAAAUUACAAAAAAAAAAAAAAAAAAAGAAUUCACUUGCAACACUUUUGUUUGUAUAAAGAUGUGGCUCAAAUG